AUGGACUUCUCCGGUCGGCCAGGCCUGGCCAUUGUCCUCUUCUUGAGCCUCUGCCUGGUUUCCGCUUCUUCGCCGGCAGCAGCGACCUCAUCAACAUCAUCAUCAUCGGCGUUUGUUGCCGGCGAGCAGUCGCCGGCAGUCCUCCUUCUCCAAUGCACAUCCAUCGUGGCGGCCUAUUCCUCCGCUCCUCUUUCUUCUUCGUCCCGUGCGUGCCAGGCCCUGGCCGACCCGUCGGAGGUCCAGGUCAGGCUCUCGGUGCAGCUCGUGACCACCACCACCCCUCCUCACGAAGCGGCUGCCGGCGGCGACCUCCUCACCUUCACCGGUCGCUGUGGGCCAGCCGGCGCCGACGACGAGGAGGCGGGCCUUUUGCGCGCCGAGCUGCCGAUCGGGCAAGGCCACAACGCGGUGGGGAUCGCCUUCAACGUGUCCCUCCUCCUCCCCUCCUCCUCCUCCUCCGCCUCCCUCCCCGUGUGGGCCGGCGAGGAAUCGAGCGCGUGGGUGGACCUUGGCGCCAACCAGCAGCAGCAGCACCAGCGGCAGCGGCAGCGGCGGGGCGUAGUGGUGGCGCACCUGCCCGCGGGAGCUCUGGUCGAGGGGCGGCUGCCGGGGUGCUACCCGCUCCUCUCCUUCCGCGCCGCCCUGCUCCGCCGCGAGGGCGAGGGCGGCUCGAUCGGGGCUGCUGCCGGACAGUCCGAAGGUGAGGAGGGCUCGCCGCUGCUCAGCAGCAGCCACAGCCGGCGGCAAUCCGUCACUGCGCAGUCGGUCUGCGACGAUCGCGAGAGGGAGGUCAUCGGCCUCGCUAGCGGCCUGGGCGUCACC